GAAAAAAGGCGGGCAAGUCGUGAAUAUUUUUGCCUAAACGUUUGAUUCACUCCCAUUUUGGUGUUGUAAUGGCAUUUACCUUUGGAUCAAAGCCUGCAACGUCAACAGCAUCGCCUUUUGGAGGUGGUUUUGGCACUAACACGGGAGGAUCCUUUGGAUCAACUAAUACUGCGCCUACUUCUAAUGCGUUUUCAUUUGGCAACAAUGCCAGUUCCGCUGCACCUCCCACAUCCACCACGCCAAGUUUUGGAUUCGGAGCAAGUGCUGCUCCACCUGCUACUUCCACUGCACCUAGCUUUGGAUUUGGUAACAAUACCACCAUUCCAAAUCCCACCGGCUUGUUCGGCAAUACACAACAACAACAACAAACUGGUGGGUUUGGAACAAAUACCUCCCAACCAUCUAUGUUUGGUUCUAAUACGACAGCGACAUCCACAGCCCCAAGCAUGUUCGGAUCCAAUACCGCAACAUCCACAGCUCCAAGCUUAUUUGGGUCCAACACAGCAACGUCUUCCGCUCCAGGUCUAUUUGGGAAUACCACCAAUCCGUCCACAGGAUCCAAUCUCUUUGGCACAAAUACGAACACUUCGCAACCAUCAUUAUUCGGUCAAUCAACUACCACGCCGUCGUUGUUUGGAUCGACUACACAAAAUACAGCACCAUCACUGUUUGGAAAUACAGGAGGAACGUCACUAUUUGGCUCUAAGCCUACUACACUGGGGGGUACUGGAAAUAUGUUUGGAGCACAACAACCUACUAUUGGUGCCAAUGCAAAUGCACAACAACAGCAAAAUCAACAAGUCUGGCAAUACCUCUCACAGCAAGAACAGAGCGCACAGCAAUUGAAUCAACGCUUGCUGCCGGGACAGCACGCUAACCCACAAUACAUAUGGCAAUCCCUUGCCUUGAUAAAAAGCGAAUGGGAUCCUAAUUCACCCAACUGUAAAUUCAAGCACUACUUUUACAAUAUUGUCCAUCCCAGCGAAGUGCAACGAUUUACGAAACCACCCAAUGAAGACGAUAAGGCUUGGGAGAUGGCUAUGAAGAACAAUCCCGAUCCUAGCUGUAUGGUGCCUGUUCGAGCUGUGGGCUUCGAAGCACUUCGUACUCGUAUUGAGACACAGGAUAGACAAUGCCAGGCGCACCGAAUCAAACUAGAGCAAUUGGACCAGAAGAUGAAAGAAGUCAGACGUAAACACACCAUUGAAACCAUUGUCAAGCUUCAAGAAUAUAAACGUCGCCAUAUUGAUCUAACACAGAGGGUGAUACAGGUAAACCAGACAUGUGGCAAUUCUUGGCGUUGGUCGGCGUGAUAUUAAUCUACGUGACGGGUUAUGUCAGUUUUUGAAAUAUGCACAGAUACUUCGUAACAAAG